AUGAACGGCGACAUCGAGGAGCUCGUACUUUCCGGGAAGCUCUUCAACCCUCCCUCGCGUUCCUCCUCCCCCCAACGUUCUCGUUCGCCCUCUCCCAUCCCUGCGCAAUGGCCCGAUGCAGACGCAGAGUACGAAUACGACUCGGACGCGGAGCGGCGGCGCGCAAUCGAUUCCCAGGUCGCGUCCCAUCAGCAGACGCAGGACUCGAUCGGUAUGGGCCCGGGGCGUACUGGCGUAAAGGGAGUCAUCCGCGACCAUGCUGAGGCGGCUGCGAUUGCACGCGCGAAGCGGGCGGAGGAGAUCAACGAGCUGAACCGCGCGAUGGGGAAGGCGAGUCUUGGGGGGAAGACGUGGGCGGAAGAGGAGAGGGAGCGGUUGAUGGAGAAGGAGAGGCUGGAAGGCAAGGCGGAGAGCUUGAUUGAGGGACGCGCAUCCCGCAAGGGUCACUUUGGACACCUCAUGGAGGUGGGCGUGCGCAGCUACGUGCAGGCGGUCGAGGAGGAUAGCAGUGUGUGGGUGUUGGUCCACAUAUACGAUCCGUCGCUCGACCGAUGUGCAUCCCUCGAUGAUACCCUGUCCCGCCUCGCGCGCAUAUACCCAUCGACAAAGUUCCUCCGCGCACGAGCAGGUGCCAUAGGCUUCGCUACCACGAAGGGCUCCUCCGCUCGUCCAAGUCGUCUCGCGCCAUUCCCAAUGACCCGACGACCAUCGCGGCAGAUCGUCAUCCCUGGGCGGGGCGGUGUGGAUGCGGAGGAUGACCCCUAUGGAGACGCCGAUGUGGAGGAGGAGGACGAAGACGAAGAAGCGGAGGACGGCGAGGGGUGGGAGGACGACGCGGUGGACACGGACGUCCUUCCGACGCUGCUCGCGUAUCGCGGCGGGCGACUGGAGCAUACGUGGGUGCGAGUGGACUGGGAGGCCAAGAUGGGCAUAGAGGAACUACUCCACAGGUAUCGAAUAUUGCGUGAUGCAGAGACGAGGAUCGCGCAGCAUGUUCCUGACCUUGACGGCGAUGAGCUGGACGAUGGAGAGUUGGUGUUUGGCGGGAGCGACGACGAGACAUGA